AUGGGGUCUUUGCCAGAGGCUUAUACCUUCCAGGGGAUUCCGCAACUUACCCCGUUGGAGCAGAUCAGUCCUCGGGGAUGGGUGCGGUACCUGUUUCCAUUCCAACUCCCAGAGAACUACGAUCCUGAAGCUAUCACCGAUAUCUUUCGCAGGAGCCUCCAGGCUACUAAGAACCGUUUCCCAACAUUGGCUUGCGAAGCUCUUCCCGACCCUGACGCGAGACAAGCGAACGCCCUAAAGCUUCAGAGGAUCACCGACAACGAGAUUGAGCCUAUCAUUAUCAACGAUCUGCGCCAGUCGUCAAACUUCACAAGCUCGUUUACCGACCUCAAGUCCAAGCACUUCCCCGUAUCGAGCUUCCCAGCCGAAGUCUUCACGCGCUGCCCAAUUUGGCCUGCUCCUGGGCAGCGGGUACCUAUCACAAUUGUGCAAGCUAAUUUCAUCCGCGGGGGCUUGAUCCUAAACUGGAAUCUUUUCCAUCUGGUCGGUGACGGGCAGGCAUUCUACAACUGGAUUCGGGUUUGGGCUGAAGAAACUCGCCGAGCUCAAGGCCUUGACAUUCCAGAUCCGGUUCAUUAUCCUGAGCCCAUCUACACGGACCGCCAGAUUGCACACAAGUCGUCGCAGACCCUUCCAAAAGGCAAGGCAGGGCGUCUUACAGACCAUCCCGAGUACACUAUUGUCACAGAUCCUGCGACGCAGCUUGCCAAGAUCGCAACGACGGAUGGCCACGUGGGACAGAUCUUCUACCUAUCAAAAGAUUCGUUGCAACGGCUGAAGCAAGAUGCUCAGCCUCAGACAGAUGACGGAUCCUACGUAUCUACCAAUGACGCACUCUCUGCAUUGAUUUGGCGAAGCAUCAUGGCAGCUCAGUUCGACAUAACUCAGCUAGACGGCAGCGAAAGGUCCGUUUUCAACAUUGCCAUCGACGGUAGAGGACGAAGUCAGCCGCCUAUUCAUCCGGAGGCCAUGGGAAGCUUUCUUGGCUUCAUCCAAGGCGAACUUCCCAUCAAGAAGAUUCUUGAGGCCGACAACCUCUCGGGCCUGUCCCUCUUGAUCCGUAAAGCCAUUAUUGCAAUGGACAAGGAUUUUUCAGGCUCGUUCAUCAAUGACGUCGUGCAGCUGGUGAACAACCAGGACGACCUCGGUGCGCUCAUACCGACAUCGUUCUUGGAUGUUCCUGGUCGUAACUGUGCACAAACAUCAUGGGAGAAGUUCAAAAUGUACGAUCUUGAUUGGGGCCACGCGCUGGGUGGUAAAAUUGCAGCUAUCCGCUCACCUAGCUGUGGCAUCCUAAAUGGUAUGCAGAUCAUGUAUCCUCAACACCCUGACGGUGGUCGUGAGAUGCUGGUCGGUAUCUAUGAGAAUUGUUUGGAGAAGCUUUGCAACGAUCCGGUCUGGACGAGGUAUGCGGAGCGUCGAUAG